GUAUCUCUGUGCAGUGUGCACUCGGUGUUUGGUUCCCUCGCUAGAGUGGAAUGGCUAAGCAUUAGUCGGAAACGUAGUAAGCGCAAACUGACCUCUAGCGGAAGCGUCUGAGAAGUGCAGAAGGGUUUCAAUGGCAACAAUCACAGAGUUGAAAAGCGCCUUAAAAGAGACGCUGGAGGCCCGUGGGGUCCUUGGGCAGCUGAAGGCGAGGAUCCGGGCGGAGGUGUUCAGCGCGCUGGAUGAUCAGAGCAUGCCGCGCCCGCCGCUGUCCCACGAGAACCUGCUGAUCAAUGAACUGAUCCGAGAAUACCUGGAGUUCAACAAGUAUCGAUACACUGCAUCAGUGCUGACCGCAGAAUCAGGUCAGCCUGAAGUUCCCCUGGACCGUCAGUUCAUGGCAAAUGAGCUCAAUGUCGCAGAAGAUUCAAGUGCCAAAGCAGUGCCAUUGUUGUAUGGAUUGCUCCAUCAUUUCCUGAGCAGUAAAGAAGAGCACAAAGGAAAACUCUUCAUAAAAGGCUCGGCAACAGUGCAUUCACAAGAGCCACAUGGCCAUCUCAAUGCAGAGUCAUAACCCAGAUGGGUAAGAGAGGGCUUGAGUUUGACUUUGCAUCUCUGCAGUCAUCUAGAAACCAACAUACAAGAGGAAGUCAUAUGAUCACAGAUAAAUAGUUUAGGCACAAUUUCCAUUAAAGAGGCCAAAAUGUUCUGUCCUGGUCACUCUGGUUUUAGAUGUUGAAUAUAUUUUCUGUUUUAAUGUUGUUUUUUUAUAUUCAUAGUAUUAGUUUUAUGAAUAGAAACAAUGUGAUUAUUCAGUUUAGGUUCUUGACUGUGCUUCUUAUGUAGUCAAUUGGAUUACAGAUAUGUUUUUAAGAACAAAACAGAACAUUACAAUAUAAUCACUUUCCUUAUGUAUUUAAUGUAAAUAUCCUUGACAUCUGUUUGAUUGUUUGUAUCCUUUUCUUUUAAAUUCUGUACAUGCAAUAUUAAAUUUACAAUUGCAGUAAAAA